AUGGCAAAGUCUCCAAAGGUGAAGAGUAAUAAAGUAAAGCCUUCUCCAUCUAAGAAGGCAGAUAAACCAACCAAGAAAAGAUCUCGUGAAGAAUCUGAAUCUGAACCAGAAAUUAAUGAUAAUGAAAAAGCAGUUGAUGAAUUAGAUGCUGAUUUUGAUGAAGUUGCAGGAUUAUUAGGUGAAGAUAUUAAAGAUCCGGAACUGAAAUCUGAUUCUAAGAAAGCUAAGAAGUUAGCUAGAGAUGAAGCUAAACUUCAAGAAUUAACUAAACCUCAAGUUUCUAAAGAAGCUGUUGAAGGUGAUGCACAACAACAACAAGAUGAUGAUCAAGAAGAACAUUUAUUCGAAGAUGCAGAUUUAUCAGAACCAACCAUGAAAGCAAUUAAAGAAAUGGGAUUUACUAAAAUGACCAAAGUUCAAGCUAAAACUAUUCCACCUUUAUUAGCAGGUAGAGAUGUUUUAGGGGCUGCUAAAACUGGUUCAGGUAAGACAUUAGCAUUCUUAAUCCCUGCCAUUGAAUUAUUAUAUUCAUUGAAAAUUAAACCAAGAAAUGGUACUGCUGUUAUUAUCAUUACUCCAACUAGAGAAUUGGCAUUGCAAAUUUUUGGUGUUGCUCGUGAGUUAAUGCAAUAUCAUUCACAAACUUGUGGCAUUGUUAUUGGUGGAGCUGAUAGAAGACAAGAAGCUACUAAAUUAGCAAAAGGUGUUAAUUUAUUAGUUGCUACUCCAGGUAGAUUAUUGGAUCAUUUGAAAAACACCCCUGGAUUUGUUUUCAGUAAUUUGAAAGCUUUAGUUAUUGAUGAAGCUGAUAGAAUUUUGGAAAUUGGGUUCGAAGAUGAAAUGAAACAAAUUAUUAAGAUUUUACCUAAUGAAGACAGACAAUCUAUGUUGUUCUCUGCUACUCAAACCACUAAAGUUGAGGAUUUGGCUAGAAUGUCCUUGAGACCAGGUCCAUUGUAUAUCAAUGUUGUUCCAGAUAAGGAUGUAUCCACUGCUGAUGGGUUAGAACAAGGUUAUGUUGUUUGUGAUUCAGACAAGAGAUUCUUGUUAUUGUUUUCAUUUUUGAAGAGAAACGUUAAAAAGAAGAUCAUUGUGUUCUUGUCCUCAUGUAAUAGUGUUAAGUUCUACAGUGAGUUGUUGAAUUACAUUGACUUGCCAGUUUUGGACUUGCAUGGUAAACAAAAACAACAAAAACGUACCAACACAUUCUUUGAAUUCUGUAAUGCUAAACAAGGUAUCUUGGUAUGUACUGAUGUUGCUGCUAGAGGUUUAGAUAUUCCAGCUGUUGAUUGGAUUAUUCAAUUCGAUCCACCUGAUGAUCCAAGAGAUUAUAUCCAUCGUGUUGGUAGAACUGCUAGAGGUACUCAAGGUAAAGGUAAAUCCUUGAUGUUUUUAACUCCAUCAGAAUUGGGAUUCUUAAGAUAUUUGAAGGCUGCUAAAGUCCCAUUGAAUGAAUAUGAAUUCCCAUCUAAUAAAAUAGCCAAUAUUCAAUCUCAAUUAACUAAAUUAAUUAAAACCAAUUACUUAUUGAACCAAUCUGCCAAAGAUGGUUACCGUGCAUAUUUACAAGCCUAUGCUUCCCAUGGUUUGAAAACCGUUUAUCAAAUUGACAAAUUAGAUCUAAAAAAAGUUGCUUCUAGUUUUGGUUUAGAUCAAGUUCCAAGAGUUAAUUUGAGUAUUGGUAGUACCAAAUCAAACAAGAAACAAAAGAGGUCAUAA